CAGAAUGAAUGGAAAUCCAGAGAACUCUGCAGCCAGGCUGACACCCUGCUUGUGGGGCUUCCUCUCCAGCCUUCCUUCACAUCGAUUCAAAAAUCUCCUAGCAGAAGUCUCAUACAGUGUAUGUGAUUUCAUUUAACUCUAGUCACGAUCCAUCUUCAAAAUGACGAGGAUUUUGAUAGCCUGCAAGGUGGUGAAGACACUGAAGAGUAGUUUGUGCCUUACCAACGUCGUGCCCCAACGAUGGAAGUAUUUCAGCCGGAGCAACUCCCAGUUCCCUGUCCAGGCACAGACAGCACACAUUGUCCUCGAAGAUGGAACUAAGAUGAAAGGCUACUCCUUUGGCCAUCCAUCCUCAGUUGCUGGUGAAGUGGUUUUUAACACUGGCCUGGGAGGGUACCCGGAAGCUCUUACGGAUCCUGCCUACAAAGGACAGAUUCUCACCAUGGCCAACCCUAUUAUUGGGAAUGGCGGGGUACCGGACACUUCUGCCCUGGAUGAGCUGGGACUUAGCAAAUAUUUGGAGUCUGAUGGAAUUAAGGUUGCAGGUUUGCUGGUGCUGAAUUACAGUAACGACUACAACCACUGGCUGGCCACCAAAAGCUUGGGACAGUGGCUAAAGGAAGAAAAGGUUCCUGCAAUUUAUGGCGUGGAUACAAGAAUGCUGACGAAGAUAAUUCGGGAUAAGGGUACCAUGCUUGGGAAGAUUGAAUUUGAAGGUCAACCUGUAUAUUUUAUGGAUCCAAAUAAGCAGAAUUUGAUUGCUGAAGUUUCAACCAAGGAGGUGAAGGUAUACGGCAAAGGGAACCCCACGAAAGUGGUAGCUGUAGACUGCGGGAUAAAAAACAAUGUCAUCCGCCUACUAGUAAAGCGAGGAGCAGAAGUGCAUUUAGUUCCUUGGAAUUAUGACUUCACUCAGAUGGAGUAUGAUGGACUCCUGAUUGCCGGGGGGCCCGGGGAUCCCACACUUGCACAGCCUCUAAUUCAGAAUGUGAAAAAGGUUUUGGAGAGUGAUCGCAAAGAGCCAUUGUUUGGGAUCAGCACCGGAAAUCUAAUAACUGGAUUAGCUGCUGGUGCCAAAACCUACAAAAUGCGUAUGCCCAACAGAGGGCAGAAUCAACCUGUUUUAAACAUCACAAACAGACAGGCCUUCAUUACCGCUCAGAAUCAUGGCUAUGCCCUGGACAACGCCCUCCCUGCUGGCUGGAAACCACUUUUUGUGAAUGUCAACGAUCAAACAAAUGAGGGAAUUAUGCAUGAGAGCAAGCCCUUUUUCGCUGUGCAGUUCCACCCAGAGGUCAGCCCAGGGCCCACAGACACGGAGUAUCUCUUUGAUUCCUUUUUUUCACUGAUAAAGAAGGGCAAAGCUACUACCAUUGCAUCGGUUUUACCGAAGCCAGCACUUGUUGCUUCUCGAGUUGAGGUUUCCAAGGUCCUCAUCCUGGGAUCAGGAGGUCUCUCCAUUGGUCAGGCAGGUGAAUUUGAUUACUCCGGAUCUCAAGCUGUUAAAGCCAUGAAGGAAGAAAAUGUCAAAACCGUCCUGAUGAACCCAAACAUUGCUUCAGUGCAGACCAACGAGGUGGGCUUGAAGCAGGCAGACACCGUCUACUUUCUUCCCAUCACUCCUCAGUUUGUCACAGAGGUCAUCAAGGCAGAACGGCCCGACGGCUUGAUUCUAGGCAUGGGCGGCCAGACGGCUCUGAACUGCGGCGUGGAAUUAUUCAAGAGAGGUGUGCUCAAGGAAUACGGUGUGAAAGUCCUUGGAACUUCUGUCGAAUCCAUUAUGGCUACAGAAGACAGGCAGCUGUUUGCAGACAAACUAAAUGAGAUUAAUGAAAAGAUUGCCCCAAGUUUUGCAGUGGAGUCGGUUGAGGCCGCCCUGAAGGCGGCAGACAGCAUCGGCUACCCAGUGAUGAUCCGUUCUGCUUAUGCACUCGGCGGGCUGGGCUCAGGCAUCUGUCCCAACAAGGAGACCUUAAUGGAUCUCAGCACGAAGGCCUUUGCUUUAACCAACCAGAUUUUGGUGGAGAGGUCAGUGACAGGCUGGAAAGAAAUAGAAUACGAAGUGGUCCGGGAUGCUGAUGACAAUUGUGUUACUGUCUGUAACAUGGAAAAUGUCGAUGCUAUGGGCGUGCACACAGGUGAUUCGGUCGUUGUGGCUCCCGCCCAGACGCUGUCUAACGCAGAGUUUCAGAUGUUGAGACAGUCUUCCAUAAACGUUGUUCGCCACUUGGGCAUCGUGGGCGAAUGCAAUAUUCAGUUUGCUCUUCACCCUACCUCAAUGGAAUACUGCAUCAUUGAAGUGAACGCCAGACUUUCCCGGAGCUCUGCCUUGGCCUCAAAGGCUACUGGCUACCCGUUAGCAUUCAUUGCAGCAAAGAUCGCCCUAGGAAUCCCACUUCCUGAAAUCAAGAAUGUUGUAUCCGGGAAGACAUCAGCUUGUUUUGAACCUAGCCUGGACUAUAUGGUCACCAAGAUUCCUCGCUGGGACCUUGACCGUUUCCAUGGAACUUCUAGCAGAAUUGGCAGCUCUAUGAAAAGUGUAGGAGAGGUAAUGGCUAUUGGUCGCACGUUUGAGGAGAGUUUCCAGAAGGCUCUCCGGAUGUGUCACCCAUCCAUCGAUGGCUUUACCUCUCGUCUCCCAAUGAACAAAGAGUGGCCGUCUAACCUGGACCUCAAGAAAGAGCUCUCGGAGCCAACCAGCACACGCAUGUAUGCCAUUGCCAAGGCCAUCGAAAACAAUAUGUCCCUUGAUGAGAUCGAGAAGCUCACAUUCAUUGACAAGUGGUUUUUGUAUAAGAUGCGUGACAUUUUAAACAUGGAGAAGACACUGAAACAGCUCAAUAGUGAGUCCCUUUCCCAGGAGACCCUGAAGAAAGCGAAGGAGAUUGGCUUCUCAGACAAGCAGAUCGCAAAAUGCCUAGGACUGACUGAGGCCCAGAUGAGGGAGCUGAGACUGAAGAAAGGCAUCCGCCCUUGGGUUAAACAGAUUGAUACACUGGCUGCAGAAUACCCAUCUGUAACAAAUUACCUGUAUGUGACCUACAAUGGUCAGGAGCAUGAUAUCAAUUUUGACGAGCAUGGAAUGAUGGUGCUGGGCUGUGGUCCUUAUCACAUUGGCAGCAGCGUGGAAUUUGAUUGGUGUGCUGUCUCCAGCAUCCGUACACUGCGUCAACUUGGCAAGAAGACAGUGGUGGUCAAUUGCAACCCUGAGACCGUGAGCACCGACUUUGACGAGUGUGACAAACUGUACUUUGAAGAGCUGUCUUUGGAGAGAAUCCUGGACAUCUACCAUCAGGAGGCAUGCAGUGGCUGCAUCAUCUCAGUUGGCGGUCAGAUUCCAAACAACCUGGCGGUCCCUCUGUACAGGAAUGGUGUCAGGAUCAUGGGGACCAGCCCGAUGCAGAUCGACAGGGCCGAGGACCGGUCCAUGUUCUCAGCUGUCUUGGAUGAGCUGAAGGUGGCCCAGGCACCGUGGAAAGCUGUUAACACUUUGAAUGAAGCACUGGAAUUUGCUGAGUCUGUGGGCUACCCCUGCUUGUUGAGACCUUCCUAUGUAUUGAGUGGGUCUGCCAUGAAUGUGGUGUUCUCCGAGGAUGAGAUGAAAAGGUUCCUGGAGGAGGCCACCAGGGUCUCUCAGGAACACCCAGUGGUGCUGACAAAGUUUAUAGAAGGAGCCCGGGAAGUAGAAAUGGAUGCUGUUGGCAAAGAUGGAAGGGUGAUUGCGCAUGCCAUCUCGGAGCACGUGGAAGAUGCAGGUGUUCACUCAGGAGAUGCCACUUUGAUGCUGCCCACACAAACCAUCAGCCAAGGAGGCAUCGAAAAGGUGAAGGAUGCCACCCGGAAGAUUGCAAAAGCUUUUGCCAUCUCUGGCCCAUUCAAUGUUCAAUUUCUUGUGAAAGGAAACGAUGUCUUGGUGAUUGAGUGCAACCUGAGGGCUUCUCGAUCCUUCCCCUUCGUUUCCAAGACCCUUGGGGUUGACUUCAUCGAUGUGGCCACCAAGGUGAUGACCGGAGAGCAAAUUGAUGAGCAGCACCUCCCGAUCCUGGAGCGUCCCAUAAUUCCUGCUGACUAUGUCGCGAUUAAGGCUCCAAUGUUUUCCUGGCCUCGGCUGAGGGAUGCUGACCCCAUCCUCAGAUGCGAGAUGGCUUCCACGGGAGAGGUGGCUUGCUUUGGUGAAGAUAUUCACACAGCGUUCCUAAAGGCAAUGCUUUCUACUGGGUUUAAAUUACCACAAAAAGGUAUCCUCAUUGGGAUCCAGCAAUCAUUCCGGCCAAGAUUCCUUGGUGUGGCAGAACAACUACACAAAGAAGGUUUUAAGCUCUUUGCUACAGAAGCUACAUCAGACUGGCUGAAUGCCAACAAUGUCCCUGCCACCCCAGUGGCAUGGCCAUCUCAGGAAGGACAGAACCGCAGUCUCUCUUCCAUCAGAAAAUUGAUGAAAGAUGGCAGCAUUGACCUAGUGAUUAAUCUUCCCAACAACAACACGAAGUUUGUCCAUGACAAUUAUGUGAUUCGCAGGACAGCCGUUGACAGUGGGGUUGCUCUCCUCACUAAUUUUCAGGUGACCAAACUUUUUGCUGAGGCUAUGCAGAAAUCUCGCAACGUGGACUCCAAGAGUCUUUUCCACUACAGGCAGCGCAGCACUGGCAAAGCACCCUAAGAAGCCGACACCACAGUUCCAUUCUCCAGUCAUCCAGGCCAUGUUUUAUCAAAGGAACUGAUUCCUCACUUCUUUUCCCGCAGAUGAAUAUUGGUGUGAAGCUCAUUGGAUUCCACUCUAUAGUACCUUAUUCUGUAUCUUUCACAGUUAAUUGUCAGUCACUUUUGCAAAAUCUUAUUUAGAGUUCUUCCUACAUAGCUUGUUCCUUAAGUGAUUUUACCAUGUAUUAAUGCUUUAUAUUGGGUGAUUGAGGCUUAUUUGUGGACACGGAGUUAACAUUUUAUGGUGCUGAUUAAUGAUGAUCAAGAUAGAAAUGCUGCCAUUCUGUCUUCUGAACUCUCUGUGCUUUAAACAUAUUUUGCUAUUGUUUUUAAGUAGUAUCUGCCACACUGAGGACACAUUAACAGGGCAGAGUACUAUAAAAUUUGGUAAAAUGAAAGAUAGAUUUAAUUUAUAAACUUUUCCAUUAUGAUGUUUGUAUGUUGCUUUUGAUAAUCGUUCUCACCUAUCUGAGAAGAUCAGGUUUCAUUCCAUGAUACCAGAUUUGAAAAAUAUGAUGAGAUCUUUAUAGAUUUUUAUACAGGAUGCUUUUUUCCAAGUUUUUUUUUUUAUGAGAAUAUGUUGGCAGAUGGUAGAAAACGCUGAGUGACUGUAGGUUUGGUUUUUCCUUUGACUUUUAUCUUGGGCCAAGUGAAGUCUUUAGCUAUUUGUACCAUUCACCUGCUUUGCUAAUUUUGCCAUAAUUUAGUAAUUUCCUACAGAUGAUAGAUUUUGUUAAUCUACAGAGUCCUACAGUGCACUAUGAAUUCCAUACAUGCUACAUUCUUCUAUGUUUCCAGAAAAGUACUUUCAGGGCAGCCUUUGUUGCUUUUAAAUGUGUUGUGUUAUUACAAGUGCUCUAAUUGUGAACUUUUUAAUAAAAUAAUAUUGAAAUAA